UUUGGACCAGGUGGUUUGUACUAUGUACCAAGAAACAGAGUCACGUGAGAAAAAUGGAGAUACUUUAGGGAAUAAAAAAACUACCUUUGGGUAAUAAAAAUUAGACAUUUCCCUGUUUUCCUCUGUUCUUUUGAAUGGCAAACCAAAUCCUUAAACCCCAUGUCCUCUCCAAAAGCCCAAAACCACUCUUUUCCCUAUCUUCCUUCUCCUUCUCCACCACCUCUUCUCCUCUGUCCGAUCAACCCGAUCAAAUCACCGUCGUCACUUCCAUCCUCACCCACCAGCGCUCCAAAUCCCGCUGGUCCACCGUCCUCACUCUCUUCCCUUCCGGUUUCACCCCCUCCCAGUUUUCCCAAAUUACCCUCCGACUGAAAAACAAUCCCCACCUUGCCCUCCGCUUCUUCCUCUUCACCAAACAAAAAUCCCUCUGCAACCACAACCUCUCUUCCUAUUCCACCAUGAUUCACAUCCUCUCUCGUGCUCGCCUCAAAACCCGUGCCCGGGAACUCAUCCGGGUCGCAAUUCGGACCCCGGGUAUUGAAAAUGAACCCACCCAUUUGAAACUAUUUGAAUUGUUAGUUAAAACUUAUAAUGAGUGUGGUUCUGCACCUUUUGUUUUUGAUUUGUUAGUGAAAUCUUGUUUGCAAAUGAAAAAACUUGAUGGGUCUAUUGAGAUUGUUAGAAUGUUAUUGUCAACAGGGAUUCGCCCUCAGGUUAGUACUUGUAAUGCUUUGAUUUGGGAGGUUUCCAAAUGCCGUGGAGCAAAUAAGGGAUAUGAGGUUUACAAAGAGGUUUUUGGAGGAGGGAAUGGUGAGAGAGAAAGUAAUGUGAAAAGGAUUUUAAAGGUUCGACCAAAUGUGCAUACUUUUAACGCUUUGAUGCUGUGUUUUUAUCGUGAAGGCUUGUUGGAGAAAGUGGGAGAGGUUUGGAAUGAAAUGGAGAGUUUAGGGUGUGUUCCAAAUGGUUAUAGCUAUAGUGUUUUGAUGGCAGCUUUUUGUGAGGAAGGGAAGGUGAGAGAAGCAGAAGAGUUAUGGGGGGAAAUGAGAGUUAAGGGAUUGGAGCCUGAUAUUGUGGCUUAUAAUACUAUGAUUGAUGGAUUGUGUAAAAGUGGAGAGAUUAUGAGAGCUGAGGAGUUGUUUAGAGAAAUGGGAUUGAAUGGAAUAGAAGCUACUUGUGUUACUUACGAGAAUCUUAUUAAUGGAUAUUGUAAAGUUGCAGAUAUUGAUUCUGCAAUGUUAAUAUAUAAGGAUAUGUUUAGGAAAGAUUUUAGACCGCAGGGUUUAACCGUUGAAGUGUUGAUUAGAGGACUUUGUGAUGGAGGUAUGGUACUUGAAGCUUUAGAAAUAAUGAAGGCAUUGAAAGAAUUGGGUGUUUGUCCUACAGGGAAAAGUUAUGAGCUUUUGAUAGAAGGUUUAUGUGAGGAGAGAAAGAUGGAAGAGGCAUUAAAGCUUCAAGCUGAGAUGGUGGGGAAAGGGUUUAAACCGAAUCUGGGGUUAUAUGAUGCUUUUAUUGACGGUUAUUUGAGACAAGGAAAUGAGGAAAUGGUAACAAUGUUGAGAAAGGAGGCUUUAGAAACUCAAAAAAGAGCAGCAGAAGAAUUAGAUGUUUAUUGUUCUACAAGUUGGAGCAGACCUGUGUAAUAGUGGUAGUUGUCUCAACAAGCAUGAAUGCUGCUGGUCAAUUUUUGGGGAGGAUGCAUCAGAAAUUUUGGUCCCAUGUAAGGGCGGAUAUCUUUUUCUGUGUGCAAAAGGGUAUAGUCAUCUUUUAUGGUGGCCCUCUGUUAUAUUCAGUAAUAAAACAAAUUAACUCAACUUAUUUGUUAAAUUCUUAGCAAUGAGGUCAUUAAGAUGGGACAGAUCUGAGCUGCUAUCAAAAUUUAAGUAAUGAAAUAGUAUAUUAAGUAUUCCAUCUAGACAAUGACACCAAGAAAUUCCUGGUUGUGAGAGUGAGGCUGUGAGGUUUGGGUUUCUAGUAGUUCAAUGACUUGUAUCAUUGUUGCGGAGCUUUGUUUAUUACAGCAAGGAUAUAGAAAUCUAAGCUCUCGUUUUGUUUCUGAAAUUGGACCAGAUUAAUUUGUGGCAAUCUCAAAUGAAAGUGCACAGGAAAGAGCUCAAGUUGGAAGUGGGCAUGGUCCUAGAGCACUGGAGUUCCAUGGAAUCAAAUUAUUCAUUUAUUGGUGUAUCUUUCGUCUCUUUUCCUUGGAUUACUAUUAUAUUUGAAAUUGAUGUACAAAUAGAUCUUCUUUAUAUUUUUGCUCAAGUACCAUUUCCAUUCACUAUGUUUCUCCUGCAAAAUUACUUACACUGCUUGUCUAUCAAAAUAAAUACUAACUACUCUCAAGUUUUUUCUUUCAUCAUGUGUUUAGAUUUAUCCACCAUAGUCUAAGUUCAUCAAAUCACGCAGAUCUUAAUAAAGUAUUUAUGUAGGUACUUCUAUGAAACAGAAAGAAAUCUAUAUGAUAUCUUUGAUUUAAACCUAACAAAAUGUCACUUGAUGAGAAGGAAUGAUGUCUUUUAUUGCCGUUGCAUAAGUUCUGUUUCCAACUAUAUGUUUAAAACUAUGUUUUUCAUUCUUUUCUCAGCUAAGCUUUGUUUGGAAACUUUAAUGCAAAUAUUGAUAGCCACUGUUUAAUUCCCGUUUUGAACAUUACAUGAUUGUAAGCUACAAUCGUUUAUCUGAUCUAACGGUCCUCGUUUCCGCCAGUAUAAGAGAUAUUAUGGCCAGCAGGACACCUGAGCUGUAAAUGUUGGGCAAAUCAGAGCAUCCCUGCUCAUGAUAGAAAAGCCAAGCCCUUAAGUACUUCUCUUUAUGGUCCAAAUUCAGAUAAUCUGGCUCCAUUUUUUUCAGCUUUUCCCGCACAACUCCACAAUCAACCGCAUGAAAAAUUUCAGCCGAAGUCCAUA